GAACAUGACCUGGUUGAUAACCUCAACCCUGCUUCAACCACAUCGUGAGUUGUUUCCGGUCUCCAAAUUUCUGCUUGAUGACAUGUUUGUAAAAAUAAAUUGCAAUAGAGACCAGGUCAUCACGAAUUGUUUGACAUCAAUACUGAUUUCGACGAAAAACUUCAGUUGGAAUGGAUUAUUGGGAUGACCGGGUAUGCAUCAUGAGUAUGAUAUAAAUGUGCGAGAGUAUUCUGCAUAGUAAAUAUUAUUCCAUAUACAACACACUCAAUACAAUCAUCAGCACAACCAUCAUCUUUAUUAGCACAUUUUAAAGCAUUUCAGCGAGGAGCAAUAUUAUCAAGAUUGUUCAUUGAAUCUAUUUUACACCGCUUCAAAAACAUCACAUCUUUCACACAACCUAUUCCUCUUCAUAGCAGCAAGCCAUCAUGUCUAAAAAAAUCGAGAUAGUUCGAACUGGGCGAAAUGAAAAGGGGGAAAAAGAAUACGCUUUUGUCCGCAGUAAAAAGAAGUCCCAAAAAGAAAUCGAUCAAUUGCAAGAGAAGAAAAAUAGAGACUUUGAGAAGGGUUUAAAGAGCAGGGAACCUAAACCAGACGAUGCGAAUCGAGUUCUUCAAAAAUACGGAGCCCCUAAACAGCUGGAUGCACCGAGUGUUGCAGAUAGCAGGGUAUUGAAUCCCACAAAAUUAGCUGAUAAUAUUGAGAUCUUCAGGGAAAUGGGUCAGACUUCUCGGGAGGCUCCUAGAACACACAAGGGAGAAAGUAGUGGUAAAAAUGCUGAGCUUCCCGUGAGAAGCAAGGAAAGUAAGGCUCCUUCCGAGUGGAGUGGGACAACUGAUGUUUCCGAGAAGACUGUGAGAACUGAGGCUUCCGGGAAGAGUGCGAGAACUGAGGCUUCCGGGAAGAGUGCGAGAACUGAGGCUUCCGGGAAGACUGUGAAAACUGAGGCUUCCGGGAAGAGUGCGAGAACUGAGGCUUCCGGGAAGAGUGCGAAAACUGAGUCUUCCAAGAGAAGUAGCAAACCCAAAGCCCCUGAAUCUGUAGCAAGCAGUUCACGGUCGAAUUCUACAGAACAGAGUAGUCAGUAUGACUAUGAAUCUAGUUCCGGAUCCGACACUGUGACUGCACAGAGAUCUAGCCGCAACGGCUCACGUAAGAAGAGUUCUCACACCGGUUCCACAAGCGCCAGGUCCCCCGAUAGAGCGAGUCAAAGAAGUAGAAAAACAGCCACUCGAAUGAUAGAGGAAGCGCCAGAGGAUGAUGGUAAGUAAUUUCGGGAUUGAUUGAGCCGUAUUGCGGACCAGAAGGAGAAAAUAUCACAAAAAAAUAGAUGGAUUUGGCGUUUAGGAGUUUGUUAUGGAGUUUGAGAGUUUGGCGUUUUGCUUAAGAAAUUAGAAACAUAGAUGGUUACCUGGGUUCAAUAUUUAGUAUCUUUAAAUGUGAAAUGCUCUGCUUGAUGUUAUCAGAUAUGGUACCUUAAAAUCCGGAUCCAAUCUUGCCAGCUGGAAUACAGAACCAAAGAGCAUCUUGCUUUUGAGGGCACCUUGUUCUUGAAUUGAACCUGAUACUUCACGCAUUCAUUUCCAAUUUACCCAUACCAGACUAUGAAUUUAUUUCAGAAAUUGAUCUGUAAUUUGACAACGAGUCA